UUUGAAAAGCCUUUCAUCUUCCCUCUCAACGCAUCAUACAAAAUAUCCACGUAACGCACACUUUCGUUUUUAUAGUUACAGAAAUAUAAACACAAAUAAAUGUUCAAUGAUGCAGCGCAACACAAUCGACAUGAAAAAUUGCUGAGAAGAAGAGACUUUUAUAAUAGAAGAAACCGAUCAAGCGCCAGAAUCAAACAGAGCUGAACAACUGGGAGGUUGGAAGACCCUCUGAAAGAGAACGAAUAUGGAAUUAAGAAGCAGACGGAUCAAAAGUAUGAAAAUAUUUUUCAUUUAUUUUGGUAUUAGAAAAUGCUCAAUCUUUAAUCCACCAUUUUCUUCAACACGGAGGUGGUGAGACUUCUGGUCUGGUCCCAUUUCACAAUGGGGAAAUAACAAGAAGAAUAACAACAUGCAGUAAACGAUGGUAACAGCAUUGAAACACAGUUUGAAAAAAUGACACUUCAACAGCAUAAUGACAUUCCACAACAUAUUAAUAAAUAUCAUGAGGACUUAAGAAUCGACCAGAAGAAUGGUGGCACAAUAGUUGCUCCAAACAUACUAGGAGCCAAAAUAGCUGGUGAUGUUACAGUGAACGUGCAUGUGCCACAGGUAUCUCACUCUACCUCAAUAAACAACAAUGAAAUUCUUCAGAGCGUAAAGAAUAAGAUGAAAGCAAGGAUGAUGAAGGAGUCUGAGAGGAUUUUGGAGGGAAGUGCACAACAGUCAGUCUCUCUAAAUAAGAUCUACACACAAUUGUUCAUCAUUGAUGAUUCGAACCCCGGUGAUAAAGAACAUGAGAUCUGGCAGAUUGAGACAACAAAUGAUUUAAACACAUCAGGGCAGACAGUCAUAACCUACAAUGAAAUUCUUAAUCCACCCCUGGAUGAAAUUAGAACCAUGAAGGUUGUUUUAACAAAAGGAAUUGCCGGAAUCGGGAAAACGGUCACCGUGCAGAAGUUUGUCCACGACUGGGCAAGCGGAAAAGCCAAUCAGGAUCUAGAGCUUGUUUUUCUCCUCCCAUUCCGAGAGCUGAACUUGCUUGAGGAAGACAACCAGAGUCUUUUUGACCUGCUUUGUGCCUUUUACCCAGAGUUCAAUGAGGCGAGGCCGAUCUCUGAAAGGAUCUGUGAUAGAAAAGUUCUGUUCAUCUUAGAUGGUCUGGAUGAAUACAAAAAUAAAUUAAGCUUUCAAACCAGCAUUUUGUCAGAUGUUACUAAAAAGGCCACACUGAAUAUCCUCCUAGCAAACCUUUUAAGAGGAAAACUGCUUCCAUCCGCACACGUGUGGAUCACCAGCCGGCCCGUGGCAGCUGAACAGCUUCCAUCUGAGAUCUUCAGACAGGGAUAUGUCACACAGAUCAGAGGAUUCAUAGAUGAACAAAAGGAGGAGUACUUCACAAGGCAGUUUGAGGAUCCAGAUCUAACCCAAAAAGUCACCUGUCACCUGAAGUCUCACAAGAGCCUGUGGAUAUUGUGCCACAUACCUCUGUUUUGUUGGAUUUCAUCGGUUGUUCUGAAAACCAUCAUUAAAAGUCAAAAUAGAGACAGUGACAUGCCCUCAGAUCAGACAGAAAUGUAUAUCCACUAUCUGCUAAUUCAGACUGGGUUAAGCCACAACAAAUAUCAAAAGAGAAAUGUGUCACCAGAAGAUGCUCUCAUACAGCACAAAGAACUGAUUAAGAAACUGGCAGCGUUGGCAUACUGGAAGCUGAAGGAGCAGAAUGCCAUCUUCAGUAACGAAGACUUGAGGAAAUAUUAUAUAACUCCUGAUGAAGCUCUUCGAUAUCCUGGCAUCAUUAUCUGUGUCUCUGAGUGCAAGUUUGGAUAUAACAGAACUAAACUUUUCAGCUUUGUCCAUCUCAGUGUCCAGGAAUUCUUUGCAGCCUUGUUUGCAUUUCAUGAAUUUCUAUCAGGAAAUCAAGACUCCCUGGGACUGACUAAAGCAAAAAGGGAGCAAAAUUCGAAUUUGUCGGAUUUUCUCAAAAACGUGAUUGAUGUGGCAGUGGAAAGCACAAAUGAACACUUGGAUCUUUUUAUCAGUUUUCUCUUCGGAAUUUCUUGUGAUUCCAGCAGACGUAUACUCGAAGGACUCCUGCCUAGAUUGCAAGACAGUAGUUCAGAAGAUCACAAAAAAGUGACUAAGCAUAUUAAGUUGCUGAGGAGGAAAGAUCUGUCCCCUGAGAGAUGCUUUAGUCUUGUUCGUUGCAUCGUGGAGCUCAAGGACAGAUCUCUUUUGCAGAUGCCAGAUCUUGAACACUCACAGACCAAAAAGCCCCUCACACUGUUCCAGUGCACGCUUCUGGCUUUCCGGUUUGUGAUGUCGGAUACAGACCAUGAUGAGUUUGUCCUCAGGAAAUUCAACAUCACUUUGGAAGGAUUUCAGAGAUUCUCUCCAGCCAUCACAUGCUUCAGAAAGGCCAUGCUCAAAGGAAGCGGCUUUACAAAGAAACACUGUGAUAUCCUGGUGCCUUUCUUGACCUCACCAAACUCUCGCCUGAUUCAUCUUGAUCUGAGCCACAACAGUCUUGGACUGUCUGCACUAAAGAAACUUUCUAGAGCAUUCUGUGAUCGCAAAUGCCAGAUUCAGAUGCUGAACCUCAGCCACAACGACCUCCACAGUCAGGACAUGGAUCUCAUCAAAGAUGUGCUUUCAAAUGUGAAUCUGAAAAUCCUGGAUCUCAGUGACAAUAAUCUAGAAGAUGAAGGAGUGAAAAUCCUCUCAGCUGGGCUGCGGAGUGCUAAGUGUCAUCUUGAAGUUCUGAAACUUUCAGGCUGUCAAAUUAAAGAAGGAGUUUUGAAGUUGCUGUCAUCUUUGAAAGGCAGUCUGAGAGAGCUGGACCUGCAGUAUAAUGACCUUGGAAGCAUCACGGAAAAGAAAGUUCAUCAACUGACGGUUAAGCUGCCCUCACUGAGAAUUUACACCGGAGGAGUCUGCAGUCACCAACCAGGACUGUACAAAUAUGCUGUCACGCUCACAUUUGACCCUCGGACGGCAAACGAAUACCUCCAUCUGAACGAGAACAACACAGUAGCUGUUUGUAAGAUGGAAAAACAACAUCGUCCUGCUAAUGGCGAAAGAUUUGACAAGUGCAACCAGGUCCUGUGCUGCGAGCCGCUGACAGGACGUUGCUUCUUUAUGGCGGAUGUGAUCGGGACAGGUGUGCACAUAGGUGUGGCCUGUAAGGGAAUCAAGAGGAAGGGUGCGAAUGACUCCGUACGUCUGGGACGCAAUAAGAUGUCAUGGUGUUUAUGCUGCUCUAAAAAUUUAAGUGUGGCUCAUGACACAAAAACUGAAUCACUAACUAAACCACUUCAAACAGAGUCCACCAGAAAAAUUGGUGUGUUCCUGGACCGUGAAGCUGGUUCUGUUUUCUUCUAUAGGAUGAGCCCAGAGCCUGAACUCUUGUACAUGUUUGAUGCAGAAUUCCCUCAGGACCAGGAACUUUAUGCUGCGUUCAGUAUUCAGGAACCAGACAGCUCAGUCCGUUUAAGGAAAGCAUCAUUAUAACUAUACAUAGUUACCGUUACAGUUACUGAUUGUGCUCCAGACAUGAAUGAUGCCUCAAAUUAGGAGAGGUUUGCUAUUACUAUUGAAA